GGUCCCGUUGCCGCAUGCGCAAUGCGCUCUCCCGUCUUGACAGUGACGUUUCUCUCCACAGGUUCCAACACUCGAAGGUGAAAGGUCGCGGUUGGUGGCUCAAAGAAACCCCCAUGAUUCCUAUAUGCCCAGUAGUUUCUUUCACGUACGUGCCCGGCCGGCUAGGCGAAGAUGCCAAAAUGGCUACCAGUAACUACUUUGGAUUUGCCCAUGGUGGUGCUGCGCAGUACAGCCAACAGCCGGCCACUGGCAUUGCAUACUCUCAUCCAACCACAGCUGGCAGCUACACAGUCCACCAGGCCCCGGUAGCUGCACAUGCUGUGACAGCAGCCUAUGCUCCUGCAGCUGCUGCUACAGCAGCCAGACCUGUUCCUGCUGCUGCUGCUGCUGCAGCUGCUGCAGCUGCUGCCGCCACAGCAGCGUAUGGAGGGUAUCAAACGGCACAUACUGCAGCAGAUUAUGGAUACACACAGCGACAGCAAGAAGCCCCUCCACCACCUCCACCAGUCACAUCGCAAAAUUAUCAGGAUACCUAUACAUAUGUGCGUUCCACAGCACCAGCUAUCGCCUAUGACAGCAAACAAUACUACCAACAACCUGCUGCUGCAGCUCAGCCACAACCUACUGCUGCAGAGGCAUAUUAUCAAGCUGCUGCAAAAGCAGGAUAUAGUCAAGCUGCAACACAAUACACACAAGCUCAACAGACUCGACAAGUGACAGCGAUAAAACCAGCUACACCAAACCCAACUACUACCUUUACUGUUUACCCAGUGUCCACAACAGUGCAACCGGCUGCUGCAGCAGCUGCUACUGUAGUUCCAUCCUACACUCAGAGUGGUACAUACAGCUCAACUGCUGUGACUUAUACUGGAGCUACGUAUGCUGGAUAUGAAGCUGCAGUGUAUUCUGCUGCAUCUUCCUAUUACCAACAGCAGCAGCAGCAGCAGCAACAGCAACAAAAACAAGCAGCAGCUUGGGCUGGGACCACUUUCACUAAGAAAGUGCCAUUUCAAAAUAAACAGAAGCCAAAGCAGCCACCUAAGCAACCUCAGAUCCAUUACUGUGACGUUUGCAAGAUCAGUUGUGCUGGACCACAGACUUACAGGGAACAUUUGGAAGGACAGAAACACAAGAAGAAGGAAGCUGCUCUGAAAACUACUAACCAAAACAGCAAUACUGGAACAGCUCGUGGCAUUCAAAAUCAACUGCGUUGUGAGCUCUGUGAUGUUUCUUGCACUGGAGCUGAUGCUUAUGCAGCUCAUAUUCGUGGAGCAAAGCAUCAGAAGGUAGUCAAGUUACAUACCAAACUUGGCAAGCCCAUUCCCUCUACAGAACCAAGCAUGGUUAGCCAGACUACGACUACAACUACAGCUGGGACGUCUGUCAAGCCAGCUCCUCCAAACCCACCCGCAGGAUCCAGUAGUGGUACGGCUCCUGCAACUGCUACUAUUUCUACUGUUGUAAAGCCUAAUCCAGUUGCUGCUGUAUCUGUCAACAAUGUUGCUAACAAGCUGCUCGUUGCAAAAAAGGCACCAACUCCCAAGAUAACUUUUGUUGGUGGUAACAAGUUGCAGACUACAGGAACAGCUCCUACUAUAAUUGAGGAAGUCAAAGCCCCUGAAGUUAAAGUGGUAACGCCACCUGUUCAAGAAACCAAAUCAGAGGCAGUAGUGGAACCAAUGACAACACUUGCUGCAUUGCAGAGUGAUGUUCAACCUGUUGGUCAUGACUAUGUGGAAGAGUUUGCUUUGAGAUUAGUAGCAUUCCGUCAGAUUCACAAAGUUCUUGGAAUGGAUCCAUUACCUCAGAUUAAUCCACGUUUCAAUGUACGUAACCGAAAGAGGAGGAGGGACAACAGUGAUGGCACUGAUGGAUUGGAAGCAGAGGGAAAGAAGGAUAAAAAAGAUUUUGACAGUGGGGAAUUUUAA